UGAACACCUCGCCGCCGGCUCCCAUUAGACCUCUUCCCACAAUACUCUUCUUGUGCGUGCAUUCCACAUCGUAACUCAGCACCACAAUAUCUGCUGUGGUCAUGAACUACGCAUCAUGGAUCGAAGAAAAGAACCUCAAGGUAAAGGCCAAGCCGGGGCAGAUUUGCUGCCCAAGAUAAUGCCGCCUACGGUCGACGCUUACCCCGGUUUUCAGAAAACCUUCAUUUGCGCCACGCUCGCAUCGACGCUCGUGGGCACCUUCACGGCGUCCAUGGGACUCUGGGAGCGUGUUCAUGAUCGCAGAGAAGCGCAUAAGCAAAAACAGAGAGAUUCGAAGCAGGAUGGCGAGAUCAAGCAGCUGCGCGAACAGUUUGAGGAAGCGCAGAAGAAGUCUCAGGGGAGACAGGAGGAGAUUGAUCGUUUGAGGAAUGGUGGUGGUGAGCGUGAUGGAGGCGGGAGAGGAGGCAGAUACCGCGACGAUUACCGCGACGAUGUUGGCGAGAGCUUCGAGAGAAACGGCAUGAUGAUCCAGAGGAUGUACGACGACAUGUACGGGCGAAUGGGCAAUCGAUUCGCACGCGGAGACGCCAUAACCGAAAACCAACUUCAAGCCCAAAUCAUUGCCCUCCAACAAACCGUCAUAACCGUCCUCCAAGACGCCCUCUACAAUGACCGCCAACUAACCCGCGCCGACAUGGCCAAACUAGUCGCAGCCUCCAACUCCGCGCGCGAAGGCUCUCUCAAAGCCUUGCAAGACCAACAACAACGCCUCUCUUCAGGCUCCUCGAACCGCUCCCCCUCCCCCCAACGCUCCAUCGCCGCGCCACCAAAACGCUCCUCGACAUCCCUCGUCGACAUUCCAGACACACUAUACUGCAGAUACAGUCUCGAUCUACAAUACAUCCCCAACAAACCCCUCGCGGCCUCCAUGGCGCCCGGCGGGAGCUGCGAGUGCCCCGCAUGCGGUCUUCGUCUCGACGUGACGGGCGAGGAUUUCUGGAUGAUCGGCAAACGCACACCCUUGACCAUCAUCGAAAAGGGGUACGAGACCGAUAUCAUGGAGACGCGCGAAUUCAGGCUUGGGCAGCGGUUUGCAGUCAAGUGCCAUACGCCGGAUGGCGAGUAUGCGUGUGUGAUUUGCAGUCGGAAUAGGGAUGUGGAUGCGAUUUGUCGCAAUGUGGAGAGCCUUGUUAAGCAUGUUGGGACGUAUCAUGAGGUGGAGGAGUUGGAGAGGGAGGUAGAUUUGAGGGAGACGGUGGUUGUGGAUAAGAGGAGGCUGUCACUUCCUGCGCCGCCGCGGGAGGGGAGUCCGCUUGUGAGGGAGAGGGAUGUCGUUGAGAUGAGGGGGUAUAGAUGAUUGUCCACAUGUUUUGGUUCGACGCACGUUUGAUGGUAUUGGGCGGCAUUUGAGAUGUUAUAGCGUGGCGUCUUGAAGAUAUGGGCUGCUUGGAAACAUGGUGUUGGUUGAGAUUAGGGUUUUGGGUUGCACAACGAGCAUGUUCACGACGCAUGAAUACACGAUUUACGACCUACAAAACUUUAUAUGAAUUGGUUCGAGUCAGUGCUCUCUCAUGGUUCUUUUUUCAUGGCUUUGCGUCCUGGACUUGACUGUGAAGCUCGUUAGCGCGCCAGGUUCGCGGUUCGUCGAGAGCGGUACAUGCUUCGCACAUGUGCAAGGUCCUCUCGUAUAUCACACUUUCAUGCGCACAUCAGUGUUGUGGUG